AUGUCAGCUUUAAAUGAAUCAAAAACGACCUCGACGUCGCUUAACUUGGUGGAUAAACUAAGUGGCGCACUUUGGGGCUUUUUUAUUGCUGAUUCGCUAUCAAUGCCCUCCCAUUGGUUUUAUAAUCCUGAUAAUAUAAUCAAAGUAUUUGGUCCAAAUGGAAUUACUGGUUAUAUUGACUGUCCUCCCACUCAUGCAGAAGCAUUUAUGGCUGGCAGUGGAUAUAAUCCAGCAGAGGAGAUAUCCACUCCAAAUUAUCGUCCAGCUGAUAUCCUCCACCAACAUUCAAAAUAUUACAAAAUACAUAAUUCUGAAUAUGAUGGUCGAUCAUUUAAAGAAAGCAACUUUGCCGGAAAUCGUGACAGUCAUGGUAAUGCCUUAGUAGGAGCUAACGAUAGUCGACCUCAUUAUCACGUCGGAUUAAAAGCAGGUGAAAAUACUUUACAAGGAGAAAUCAUUCGAUUAUUUCUAAAGACUUCCGUCGAAAAUAAUGGUUACAAUCAAAACCAAUGGUUAAAAUCGUUUACUAGCUACAUGUUAUCUGCACGUGAAGAUUGUGUUGAUCCCUAUAUUGAAGUUGCAAUUAGGAAAUACUUCGAAAAUUACAGUCGAGGUUUACCACUGUAUUCAUGUGCGGUCAGACAAAGAGACACAUGGUCAACCGGAAACUGUUGUGCGAUGGCUUCAACUAUAAUUACUUCUCUAUUAUAUCCACAUUUUCUUCAACGUGGUAUUGCACGAGCUUUUGAACAUCAGGCUCUAUUAUACCGUUCAGAACAGGCGAUGGUUUAUGGAACUGUUCUAAUACCACUCAUUCAUCAAUUUAUUCAUUCGGAAUCAACUUCAUCACAAUAUUAUUUUGAUUCUCUACUAACUGUGUGUGAAUCUAUCUAUUCAGCAAAGAUUAGUGGACCAGAAUUAUUUGCCAAAUAUCGUGAAUAUAAAGGACCAGGUAAUAUACCGAAAGAUGAAACUUGGCAGUUACACAAUCAAUUGAGAGAAGAACCGAUUCGACAAGAAACUGAAACUUUUUUAAAUUCGAAAGAUUCUAUCAAAGAUGUAGAAGUGCUACGUGGACGCUAUGGCACAGCCUGUUAUAUCGAACAGGGUAUUCCAGGAAUUAUUUAUUUAGCAUUGAAAUAUAAUUUUAAUUUAGAAGCAGCACUAUUAGCUAAUGCAAAUGUUGGCGGUGAUACGACUGGGAGAGGUGUAAUUUUAGGCUUGAUCAUUGGGAGUGCGAUUGGAAAAUCAAAUAUUCCAGAACAUCUGAUUAAGGGACUAAAGAACAGUGAAAAGUUGAAUCGUGAGAUAAGUGAAUUUGUGGAAUUAGCAGUUAAAGGAGGGUUGAAGGACUGA